CGCUUCGGGCGGCGAGCGAGCGAGCGGCUUUAAAAUGUCAGGGCUGGAUCCAAUUUGCCAGCGCGGGAGCGGGAGGAUGAGGGGGACGUGUCUUCGCCAGGGCUGAGGCAGCCCGCCGGACGAUGAGGCUCUCCUGCAAAGUGGUGGCCCUCGCGCUCUGCCUGGGGCUCCUGCUCCUGCUCUACCUCUUGGUGGGCAACGCCGACGAGCCGCCUCUGCCAGCGGCGGGGGAGAGCCCCUCGGGGCACGCUGCCGCCGGGGCUGGCGCGGACCUCGCCCCGCUGCUCCAGACACGCUUCCGACCGGUCCAGCCUGCGGAGUCGGAGAAGGAAAAGGCAGCUCAGGUUUCCAAGCGGGAGCCACGUCCCCGCCGAAAACCAGGCAAACGCGGCGCGGCUCGAGCCAGAGGGAAGUCAGCCAGCCUUCGGAGACCAAAGGACCAGAAGCAUUCUACAGCCCAGUUUUCAGUGCAAUGGAUGCAUCUGGCAGUUGUAGCAUGUGGCGACCGCCUGCUAGAAACUCUCAACAUGCUGAAAUCAGCAGUUCUAUUUAGCAACAAGAAGCUCAAAUUUCAUAUUUUUGCUGAGGAUUCCCUGAAGCCUGAAUUUGAGAGGAAAUUAGAGGAAUGGCCUCUCUCUUUCUCAAAGAAGUUUGAAUACAAUGUCUACCCAAUCUCCUUCUCAGUUGGAAAUGCUCAAGAGUGGAGAAAAUUAUUCAAGCCGUGUGCUGCCCAACGCCUCUUUCUUCCGGUAAGGUCUGCAGAAUGAUGUGAAGCUCAAGGACUUAAGAGGCUUUAUUGGUCUUAAAGUUUGAAACCUGAAU